AAUUGUAUCGCAUCCGUUCUGCCAUCUACGUGAAAAACUAAGAAGUGAAAAGUUUCAGUUAUAGUGUUUAUAUAGAUAGUUGUAUGUUACGCAAAGCAUGGCGGUGUCGCAUCAGUGGUUCGUGCAGUGGUCCGCCCCGCCGAUGAUCUUCGCGGAUAUUACUAGUCAACACAAUGACGUCAAUGACCGAUGGAAAAGUGAUGUACCGACUUGGAGUAACCCUGCAGUGGUUCCUGAACUCAGUGUCGAUAGUUAUAACGACCGGGACAGCUUGAUAGAUAGUAAUCAUAAGUAUAAGUCAGAUAGAUCUAAAAAUAAAGAUCGUGCCAAUGCCGCAGGAGUCACUUUGUGGCUCACCAUGCUGGGAGUGAUGCGCGCGCAGUCUGUACCUGCCGACAACGACACACCUCCUUUCAGCACCCUGUAUAAGUGGAAGCAAGUCGACUUCGAGUUCCCUACGCCCAGACAUCGGAGACAUGCACUAUCCUCGGGGAAAUUCAUCCCCGCUAAUGUGCUGCCCCUGGGCCUAGAGGUUUGGGGCCAUCGAGUGUGGGUGACGAUACCAGCUUGGAGAAGAGGAGUUCCCGCUACUUUAGCCACUCUACCCAGACAAGGGGGGCUUGCCUCGCCACAACUCAAGCCAUACCCUGACUGGAGUUUUCAUAGAGCAUUUGGUGACGUGAAGAAUUGCACGGGGCUAACUUCUGUCUUCCGGAUACACGCCGACCACUGCGGCCGACUCUGGGUGCUAGAUUCCGGCCAGAUAGACUCACAGGACAACCCGAAACAAUUAUGUCCGCCCAGUAUAGUAGUGUUUGACCUCAAAACAGACAAAUUGGUCGCACGGUACACGAUACCUAAACAAUUUGUAUUGCAAGAUUCGUUAUUCUCCAACGUCAUCGUGGACUCGAGGACAGCAGAUUGUUCAGACCUUCAUUUGUACAUAGCAGAUACCUGGCGAUUCGGCUUACUAGUGUUUAGAGAAAAAGAUCAACAAUUUUGGAGAUUCUCCAAUCCAUUAUUUUUCCCUGAUCCAUUAGCAUCUAAUUUUUCCCUACAUGGUGUAAAUUUCCAGUGGACCGAUGGAAUUUUUGGCCUAGCACUAACUCCAAUUGAUCCAUACGAGGAACGAAUACUAUUCUUCCAUCCUAUGUCUGGUUAUAGGGAGUUCUACGUUUCAACAGAAGUACUGCGAGACCCGUCCAGAGUUAACAACAGUUCUCAAGAAUUCAAUAUUGCUGGAGAGAGUAGAGGAUUGAACGGCCAAGCUUCUGCAUCUGCUGUUGAUAGGACUGGAGUCAUGUUUUAUGGCUUAGUAAGUCGUGACAGUAUUGGAUGUUGGAAUACAAAGAAACUCUAUAAAAAGACAAAUAAUGGUAUAGUGGCAUCUAAUUCGGAGACUUUAAUAUUUCCGAAUGACAUCAAAGUUGAUCAAGAUUUUAGGCAGAAUUUGUGGGUUAUAACGAAUCGAUUGCCGAUGUUCCAAGCUGGACCGCUAGACGCCGACGACUACAACUAUCGCAUUCUGUACGCUGACACGAAGGAAGCUGUGCGAGGAACGGUUUGCGAAAUGGACACCGGUCACCCGUCUCCUGCCAACAUCGUACACAGAGGAUGGCUGCCAUAAAAAUGUACCUCAAAAUUUUUAUUUAAUUAAAU